GGUCGAGCGGCGGCGACGCGGGCGCCACUCGCGCCAUGCCACGCUGCAUUAAUUGCCACCUACCAAUUCCUGGUUUAUCUUUUACGGGAACCUGCGGCCAGUGCUAUAAUGAGUCCCUAUUUGCACGUACAGCAGAGGAACAGACAGCGGACCUGAAAGCAAGGCAGGCGCGGCGCCGCAAGCUGAAACCGCAACUCGCUGAUCUCCUGCGGAAGCACGCAGCAAACCGGGCGGAAGUCGCAAAAAAAAUCCUGACGUUCGUCGGCUUUGACCUCCCGGGUCAGUAGGCCAUGCGCCGCACCGCGCUCGCGCUUCACGCCAUCGCGGCGACGGCGAAUGCGCACUCGUGGGCCGCACGCAUCGAUGCCAAAGAUGCGCCGGCCAUCCGUGCGGCGCUAGAUAGCGGACAACCAUUUGUCGCGGCAGGAGCAUUGAGCCCUGAGGCUUGCGACGCGUGGACUGGUAACCUCAUGGAGGGGUUCGGCGACGCCAUCGUGACCCAGCAGAUCGCGGGCGACCCCUUCGACGCGCCGCUCGCGGAGUUCUUUUACGACGCGCUGGCGUCGACCCACGAAACGCCACAUUUCCUCUUCGACGAGGCACUGCUCGAGGGCAACUUACGCGCCGCCGCAAUCGCGCCGCAGCGCGCCAUUUUCGAAGGAGAGGAGUCGUGGCUCGACGCGUUUCCAGCGGAGCGGCGGCCGGCGGACGCCUGUGUGGUCUGCGCGGGCGCAGGCGCGCGAUCACCGCUCCACAGGGACCCCUACGACUGGACGGGCACGUCGCUCUGCCUGGAGGGCUCCAAGGUCUGGCGGUUCCUGCUCGACGUCGACGACGCCGAUCUCGAGGCCUACAAACUGCCGAGCGAGGCCUUUGGGGACGAUAGUGCUGGCACGCAGUCCGACAUCGACCUGUAUUGUGUUCAGGAAGGCGACUGGCCCGACGCGGCCGACUUCGAAGACGACCGGGACCUCGUCAAGGCCAAAGCGGGACCGGAGAACUUUACGCCAUCGACGCAAGUACCGGGGCGCUUCUGCACGGCGCUGCAAUUCGCCGGCGAUGUGGUGAUUGUGCCGCCAAAGUCGUGGCACCAGACCUACGCCCUCGAGCCGUCCUGCGCCGUCGCGUCCCAGUUCUGCGGGCGCCGCGACGCGCCGACCGUUUUUGAGCAUAUGAUCCGCCAUCGGUCCCGCGACGACGACCGCGUCCUCGACCUCGCGCGGACGGCGCCGCCGCGGGACGCGGUUCGUGCGCUGUUUGCGCGUCUCGAUUCGGAUAGCUAAAAUAUUCAUGUGUGCA